AUGGUGCUUCUGGGCUCCAGCUCUGGCAGUGGAGACGCUGCCCACGGCCUGGAGUUGCUCCCGGUGCAGGCCCCUCCUCUGCCUGCUCCUGGGCGUGGCCGCAGUCCGACACGCCAGCUAUCGCCACGCUUGGCGCGGCGUCGUUCCCAGGAGGCCCGCACGCCGCCUGCCUCCCCUCCGCUGUCGCCAACAACGAUGCUGCCAACACCGCCUCGGUCCAAAAGAAGUGAUGAUCGCCCAUCCCCGCUCUCGCAGGCGCGGCCAAGCCAUGUGCUGCUCCGCCUCUGUGCACCGGACUCCCUUCAGGCGCCGCUGCUCUCGCCCGCCAAGCCGCCUGGCUUCGAGGCCUCCCCGACGCCUCCACUUGCUUCCAGCGGCCCUUUGCGGCGCACGCCCUCGCCGGUGCGGCUGCGAAGGACGGCUGCGGGGGGUGGUGCCGUGGGCUUGCAGUGCCUAGCGCCCCUCUUUGAAGACCGUCAAGAGGCGAUCCUGCCGACCCCUGCUCCAGGCCUGCCGAAGGCGCCGACGGCUCGUCGGAAGACCAUGGCUGGAAUCAACAUAGCCAAGACCGGCGGUGGGUUCUCCAUCUGCAAGCCUAAGGCUGGUGCUCGCCCUAAGUCAGCCCCGGCAGCCAGGGCUGCCGAGCUCCUCGUGUGCCGCAGCUUGGGCAUUGUCAAAGACGGGGAAGACGUCACUGCCGCUGCGUUGGAUGCUUUCGCGGACCGCUUCAAGGACCAACUGUCGCCGGACGUGAUCGUGGCCAUGCGUGGGCUGUUCAAGCUUGAUGACAGCAGCGCAGUGGAUGUCGAGGAGGCCCUCAUAGCUCAUGGUGGGGGAGGUGCUCUUGACCUGGUGCAGAACGGCGACGACGCAGUGGCGCAGCUGGAGGCAAGCUGA